AUGAGCGGGAGUUUGUCUAGAGGAAAUGGUGGAAAGAAAGUUCUUAAUAAGAAUCAAUUACUGAAGCGAAAUCGCAUAAGAAAUGCUAGAUCAAUUAGAGCAGAGGCCGUGGCCGCUUCAUCAACAAAAACUGGGACACCGAGUGAUCUGAGUGAAUCGGGAAGUAAGCUAAACGUGGACCAAUUCAUUAGUUCUCGACAAUUCGAGGUUAAGCAGUUGCAAUUGGCCAUGCAUAAUUCCAAAGCAGCCAGCUCAACGAGAAUAUUUCAGGCAUUGCCUCGAAAAUUGCGUCGUAGAACGGCUUCGCAUAAUGUUCGUAGAAUUCCAAAAAGAAUGCGCAAUAGAGCUUUGAGGGAAAUGCGUAAAAGUGAUCAGCAGGAUGUGUUGAAGGGGUCUUCAGCCUCUUCCAGAAAAGCUCAUGGCCUAAAUGCAAAGCAACUUUAUAAAGCUAGAAUGUCCAUAAAGCUGCUACGAUUGGCUAGCAAAUCUACUUCUAUGAAACUCAGCAUGCCACCAGAGGUUACAUCAUCUAACUGCCACGUAAGGCAGAAAAUCAAGACAUUAAAGCGAAUGAUUAAAGAAUCAUCAACAGCAAAUCCAAAUAUAAAGUUACUUAAUAAUCGUAUGGGGAGCUAUGAUUGCACUGGUGUCAAUGAAUUAGCACCUAUUCCCAAGGGCAGGGUCAAAUAUACGAAGAGACAGAAGCACUUUGCUUGGCUACCCACCCACAUUUGGAAUGCUAAAAGGUCGCACAUGAUGAAAAGAUGGGGAUAUCAAAUGGUAUGGGCACCUACUCAAAAAUGCUUUAAAUUGACGCAUAGGUUGGGCGGUGAUACCUGCAGCUCCGAUGGGGCCUUAUGCAUGGAUUCAAGUUAUAUUGGUACAAUAAUUGUAAAAGACAAAAGCAAUGACAGUGAGGGGGACUUUUUAAAAUCCAUUAUAGGAAAGUUAACAGCUGAAAGAGCAAACUUAAGGAAAUAUCGCGAAGGCCAGGUUUUAUUCCAAGGGUUAAUUUAUAGUUUCAAUGAAGAAAACGGUGAGGAUUCUACUAAGCCACUGGGUCCAUGCGACGUAUUUUGGGUACAAAAGGAUACUGCAAUUAUAAGGUUACACCCUUCAAUUUAUACUCAGGUUUUUAACAUUCUUUUGCAACAUAAGGAAAAACUAACAGUACAAGAUUGUCGAUAUUCAUUAGCAAGCGUGACAUUGAAGGGAGCUAAAGCUCUAGAGUCAUUAGCAUCGUGUUUAAGGAGCACAGAGUACUCUAAAUCGUUUGAACAAUUUAAAAUGGUUUCAAUGAUUACCGAUCAUAAUGCCCUACCACAGAGGUGUACGUUUGCAUUUGAAGCCAUAGAUCCGCGUCAUCUAGCUGCUCCAAAGAAAUUAAAUGAUUCACAGAGGAAGACUGUUAAUUCUGACGACAUUUUAUCACUGCAUGAAAACUAUCCUCAAGACGAAAUAAACGCCGUUUUUAACGAAUUAUGUGACCCUGAAUCACGUACUCAAUCAUACAACAACCAAAACACAUUAAAAGAAAUUUCUGCGAGACGUUACAAAUUGCUAACUGCCACACCGAACAGCAUCAAUAAAACUACAGUCCCGUUCAAAGAAAGUGACGAUCCUUCUAUUCCAUUAGUCAUAAUAAGAAGGCUCAAGACCAGGGAUUGGAUUGUUGUGUUACCAUGGUUCUGGCUGCUACCGUUAUGGCAUCUACUGAACCGGAUACCAAGGAUGUAUCACAUUGGCCUCAGGCAAUUCCAGCAAAUUCAGUACGAGAAUAAGCAAUUAUAUUUUCCGGAUGAUUAUCCAUUCACUCAAUUGGGUUAUAUAGAAAACUCAUUUUAUAAAAAGGAGGCCUCCAAGACGAAGUGGGAUAGGAAGCCAAUGGGAAAAAGGAUUAAUUUCGAGAAGAUCAAAGACAUCCAUAACACUAAAUUACCGGCAUAUAGCGGAGAAAUCGGCGAUUUUUUCAGUUCAGACUGGAGAUUUUUACAAAUACUGAGAAAUGGAAUUGAUUAUUUACAGCGGAAUGAUAAAACCUUAGAACUGAUGGACAGUAAGAAGACCGGGCAAUUUAACGCUCAGGGUGUAAGAGACAUCAACUGUGUAAAUGAUGUUUUGGAGUUUUGCAAAGAUUAUGAAGCCAAGACCAAGGCUAUGUCGUUGUCGAUUGAAGAGAACAUACCAGUUGCAUUGUGUAAAAAUCGGAAAUGUCAAUUUCGCACUCCUGAUAGCAUUAGCGUCAAUAGUUCUUCAUUCUCCCUUACAUUCUUCCCACGUUGUAUCAUUGCUGUAUCUUGCACACUACUCGAACGAGGUCACCCAAAGGACAAUGCAAGAAUAUAUCAAGUUCCAGAAAAGGACUUAGAGCAUUGGCUACAAUUGGCAAAAGGGGUUUACCGCCCAAACGGAAGAAAAGAUCAUGAUUUGAAAAUUCCACUUCCAGAGGUACAUGAUUUGAUUGGUUUUAUUACCAGCGGCACCUACCACUUAAAUUGUGGAAAUGGUAUGGGAAUCGGAUUUAUAGAUCAUCAUGCGGCCAUCCGGCAACCAACUAGGUAUGUACUGAUCAGAAAUGUAGGUACCAACACUUAUAGGUUGGGGGAGUGGUCGAAAAUAUCCGUAUAA